CCGGAUCGCUCUUGUCUUUCGAUAGCAUGCGAUGUACUAAUCUCUCUCCUUUUUGUUCCUGCUGUGUUCUUGUGAGACGGCGCCUCCAACGAUUUGUUUCAAGCCCUUUUUUAUUUUAUUUAUUUAUCUAUUUUCUUCGUCCAUCUGCUCGGUUUUCUCGAGAAUUUGCUUUUGCAGAAGAAUCAAAGGCCAUCGCUCAUAAUUUGUCGAGGGAGUGGAGAGAAGUAGGGCACAAUGACGACGAUUUUAGCCACGGGGCAGGCAGCGAGUGUGGCCUGCUGCAGCUCUGCAAGGAUACCUCAGAGCAACAUUGCUGGAAGGGCGGGUCUUAGCUCUUCAUUCUUGAGGCUGGAAUCGGCAGCCGCUAUUUCCAGCUUGAACUCCUCUUUUCAAGGUCAGGCCUGUCUUGAUGUGUCGCAUCUCGGGAUGUCUGGGGGAGAAAUGCAGAAAGGGAGGGUAACGACGUGCAUGGCUUGGGGUGGCGCUCUUGCUGGAGUGAGGCUCGUCAUCCAGGGCAAGCAUUUGGAGCUGACAGAUGCUAUCAAGCAGUAUGUGGAGGAGAAAGUUGGCAAUGCAGUGCACAAUCAGAGUGCACUUGUCAAGGAAGUAGAUGUAAGAAUGUCCGUUCGAGGUGGUGAAACAGGGCGCGGUGGGAAGCUUCAGAGGUGUGAGGUCACAUUAUUCACCAAGAAACACGGCGUUGUGAGAGCAGAAGAGGAGGCUGAAAGCAUGUAUGCAAGCAUAGACAGGGUUUCCGAUGUCAUCUCAAGAAAACUUCGAAAGAUCAAGGAAAAAGAUGGAGGCCACGGGCGCCCCACCAAGUCACGCCAUUCACCCCGCAUUGGAGAAGUGUUGUCCGACGAAGUCGUGGACCUUGAUCCCAUUCUCGGGAGGAAGCCUGAUGAUUUGCCCGACGAGAUCGUUCGCACGAAGUACUUUGAAAUGCGUCCUAUGAAACCACUCGAAGCUCUCGAGCAAUUGGUCAAUGUUGGCCAUGAUUUCUACGCCUUCCGCAAUGUCGAAAGUGGGGAGAUCAACAUCCUUUACAAGCGAACCCACGGGGGUUACGGAAUAAUUGUCCCUCGAAAUGAGGAGGCUUGGGAGGCUGGUAACGGAGUAUCGAAAAGUAGCUAGAACCUUGAAAGUCUGGAGUUCCACUCUAGAGACAUCUUUGUGGUCUGUUAUUUUCAAAGCUGUAAACUUAGCCGAGUCUUAGACCACAUUGAUGGGACUUACUGUAGGAUUCUUCUCUCUCUUGAUUACCAGCUCUACUUGCAUCAUGUUGCAACUUGUAUCGUAUUCCACGGACACCAACUUGCUGAUCCAAUUUCAGAAUGUGCAGUUUUCAAAAUGUAGAAAGGCUGAGGACUUUCACUCCAACUCUUUGAGAAAUCUUGCAUUUUGGUAACAACCGUUAUGUAUA